CCUCGUACGUCACCGUAUAGAGUAGAUGCCAGUCGUUGCACGCAGCAGCAGGAAGGCAGGCGCGUUGCGUCGGCGUUGGGACAGGAGCAAACAAAGGGAUUAUUGAAUCAACGACGUUUGCUCCGGUUCCAUAGCCGUAGCUCCACGGGAAAAGCUGGGAGAGAAGCACGAGAGGCGAGAUUUUCUCCACGCCUUCCUUUCCCUACCAGCUCUUGCUUCCCAGCUUCUUCGUAUCAGGAUGGCGAAUGAUGGAAGCAAGCUCCGUCUCUGGUGCUCGGCCUUUGCCUGCGCGCUGGCGUUUCUCGGGGCGGACGGCUUUUUCGUGGACAUCACCUACGUCGACAGCGCGGUGGCCAAAGGAGCAGUGUGUCUGGAUGGGAGCGCCCCGGCGUAUCAUCUCGCCCGAGGCUUCGGCUCCGGGGUGGACAGCUGGUUGGUUCAUUUCGAGGGAGGAGGAUGGUGCAGCAAUGUGACGACAUGCCUGGAGCGGAAGAACACCCGGUUAGGGUCAUCCAAGGAGAUGGCCAAGCAGGUUGCUUUCUCUGGGAUUUUGAGCAACACCCCAGAUCACAACCCAGACUUCUACAAUUGGAACAAGGUUCGGGUUCGGUACUGCGAUGGCUCCUCUUUCACCGGAGAUAAGGAAGAAGUUGAUCCUACGACAAAGCUGCACUACAGAGGUGCGAGGGUGUGGCAAGCAGUGAUGGAGGACCUGCUCGCAAAAGGAAUGGACAGAGCUGAAAAUGCUUUGAUAUCGGGAUGCUCUGCCGGUGGAUUAACUUCCGUACUACAUUGUGACAGAUUCCGUGAUCGUAUGCCAGUGGAGGCCAAUGUUAAAUGUCUUUCUGAUGCUGGUUUCUUCAUCGACGUGAAGGAUAUUGCUGGAGAGAAGCAUGCUGCUGACUUUUUCAACGAUGUAGUCACAACACAUGGUUCAGCCAAGAAUUUACCAUCUUCCUGCACUUCCAAGUUGCCUCCAGGCAUGUGCCUUUUUCCUCAGAAUGAGGUGAAACAGAUUCAGACACCUUUGUUCAUCCUAAAUGCAGCAUAUGAUUCAUGGCAGGUAAGGAACAUUUUGGUGCCAGGAGGUUCUGAUCCUCAUUGGCGAAGCUGCAAGCACGACAUAAAUCAAUGUUCAGAGAAGCAACUUAAGACCUUACAGGGAUUCAGGGACGAUUUUCUGAAAGCACUGGAAGAACAAGGGAGCUCUUCCAGCAGAGGGUUGUUCAUAAACUCAUGCUUUGCGCACUGCCAGUCGGAGAUACAGGAGAUAUGGUUUGCGCCCGAUUCCCCAGUACUCGGAAACAAAAAAAUAGCAAAUGCAAUUGGGGACUGGUUCUAUGACCGCAGUCCGUUUCAGGAGAUUGACUGCCCUUAUCCUUGUGAUUCAAGUUGCCAUGUCUUCAAGAAUUCCUCGGAGACAUAGCAGCUAGCAUCGCUUCAUGUUAUACUAUCCCCAUUGAUCACAAUUUAUUGUUUGCUACGUUUGAUGCACCGCCACUAGUGAUCUGCGUUUGCAACUUGCAAGAGGACACGGCGUGGGCGCGUGGCAACCAUUAAAUUUUGUAUUACAGGAAUAAAGCUAUUAAUCAGCGUUUUUCUGAUAUCCGCGUAAAUCCACGCUGAGCUUAGGGCAUGUACAAUGGUUGAUAAGACUGUCUUAUCUUAAGUGUUCCACGUCA